CAAUCGUUUAUGUACGUAUGUGUGGCUAACAGCAAAAUGUGGUUCUUAUUCCUUUUGUUUUUCUCGACGGCGUCUUCCAAUGCUAUCAUGCAGACCAAAGGAUACGUAAAGAGAACUACCCUCGAAGAUUCUGUGUCUUCUUCGUCAGGUUACAAGUAUGACGUUGCCGAAGGACCUGGACAGCAAAAUGGACAGUUCGGAGCACCAAUUAUAAAUUAUCGGUAUCUCCCUAAGUAUACCCCAUACCAGUCGGAACUUACCGAAAGCAGCUACGUGCCAACCAGAAAAUGUUAUGGUGUGGGCUGUUCCUCGUUUUCAGACGAGACUAGUGAUUUUGGUAACGUAAAAUACGAAGGGUCGACCUAUACAUCCUCUAACGGAAACGGAGAUUCAGGAAAGUCUGGCUCAACCUAUUCAAACGCUGCUGUAGGUUAUAAGGAUAAUUCCGACGAUAACGCCAAAGAAUGGAAGGAUUAUUCGCAAAAAGGAAGUAAUCAAGGCCCAGUCACGUACUCCGGUGGGAGUAUCAUUCAUCCUGCGCAUGAAAAAGCUCACAGCGCACCAGUUGCUUCGGUAUCUUCACCAAAUCAGAAUAAAAGUCCUCAAAGCAACAACCCCCAAGAAACUAGAACGUACCAGGUGGCAGACAACGAUGGCAGCCACGACGCGCUCAACUACGACUUUGCUGGCGCUGAAUUUAAGGGAAGACCAUCCUUCGGAAUGUACCCUUACUUGGACACUGGAGAGAUGCCAUUUGAUUUUGAUGAAGGUUUUGGUGAUAAAAUACACUUCCCACAAAACGGUCAACCUGACAAAUAUCCUCCACACCCCGGUCUCUAUCCCCAUUAUCCUUACGGUGGUAAUGGUGGAGGCGGAGGUGGUACUGGAAUUGCAUCUGGAAACGGAGGAGGAGGUGGCGGUAGCGCUGGUGGUGGUGAACAACCUGCUGGAUUGUACCCUUACGCUAGAAAAGGGGAGGUAGGACAUGUAUAUGCAUACGGAAACUACCCUUACUAUUUCGUGAACAAUGACGGUCAUAUCUAUAAAGCGGAAGAACAAAACAAGGGCGGAAAAAAGGGUGAAACUAAGUACAAGUCGGUCCAUGGGUACGACAAGGGUGAGAAAGGCUCCCACGCGACUGAUACAAGCAAAGACUUCUUUAAUCACAAAGGUGGUAACAAAAAGGGUAGUUACUCCUCCUCAGACUUUGGCGGCAACAAAUUCGAAGAAACCAAAAAUUACGAGGGUGGAAAAGCCCAUGAAAACAAAGGGCAUAGUAAAGGUACAAAGGUAACCGGUUAUCACAAAGUCUUCGACAAGGACGAAUUUAAGAAGGAUAACACGUUUUACGACGAGGCAGACGAAAGAGGACAUUUCAAGAAGUUUGGCAAAAAUUAUGGUCACCAUGGCGCGUCCGAGGGUGCACAAACGAACGGUGGUAAAUUGGUUUCGGGAUACCAGGAGAAAGGAGGCGGCGAAAAGAAGGCAUUUAAUAAGGAUCAGUACUCCGAAAAGGAUCAAGGGUUCACUGGCAAGAAGGGUGAGGAUGCGUACCACGAUAAUCAUGCCGGAUUUAAAGGAGAACAAGAGAAAAAAAAUGGAAAAACUUUCGAAUUCGGUGGCCAGAGUGGACAAAGUAGUGGUAUCGCAGGCGGCGGACAAGGGGGUGGAAGUUUCAUUUAAAACACCCCGUGAUUGAACACUUAAUUACAAACCAAAAAUGUACAUACAUAUACAUAUUUUUGUAUUUAGGUAACUAUUUAUUUGCCUUUGUAUCUUCUAGUGCUUAUAUAGAUUUUAGCAACAACUUUUUUAAUUCUUUGUCAUAUAAUAUAGCCAAUAUAAUA